AUGCAUCUUAAACACCUCAUCUCAUUCGCUCUAGCUCUAGCAGCAGCAAGCAACGCCGUAACCCCACCACCACACGAACAAGCCAGCACAACUAGCCCGCACGACACCCACUCUACCGGCGCACCGGACGCAGCGCAUGUCACCGAGCUGCUCGACCGUCGCGCCACGGCCGACGUGCGCGAAUGCAGAUCAUCGGUCGAUGCACUCCGCAAGGGGCUGCCCGUCCCACCCCCAGAGCUGGUCAGCCUAAUACUUGAGCAGGUGGACAGCAGCAGCAGUAGCGGCGGCGGCGGCGGUGGAGGCAACACAGCGAUCUGCACCUUGACGUUGCCCGAAGAACCGUGGAGCCAGACCUUUGGCAGCUGGUGGGCGGAGCGGACCUCGUACAGGUCCAUGUCGUUGACGAGACUAGCCGAGAUUGCAGAGAAGUGCAACGGCGGCGGUGUGGUCAAGAACAGGACCGGAACGGGAACGAUCAAGACCACCACUACCGAGCCAUGCGCAGGCACCACUACGGUUCUGUACAGGGGAGGUGGUGACGGAGCGGGGGCGACUAAAACGGAAACAUAUGUGCUGACGGCGGCAGCCAGUCAGGAGACGGGACAGGACGCAGGGCAGAACGCGGGGCAGGAGAAUGCCGCGCCCGGGAGAGUGCAGGGGCCGACGGCAGAUGGUGUUGUUAUUUCUGGAUUGGUCUUGGUUUUUGCAUUCUGGCUGUGCAUGUAA